AUGGCGGCAUUGGGAUUCAUGGACGUCUUCAGCCUGUGUCUCAGCGCUCACCUGUCCGGAAUUUUCUAUAUUCUGGGCGCGGAGUACUGUAUGUACCCGCGGAUACACAAUUUUGUGAUGCACCUCGGGCAGGCGAGCUGGCAUUUGAUGCAUGGUAUCCCAUCCCUGGUUUACCUCUUCCUCAACAAAACGAUACAUCGUCGAGUCUUCGGAAAAUACUCCGUAUUCCACUAUCGCGCCUCAAGCGGCAUCAAGCCACUGUCGACUGUGCAAAAGGAGGGCCCCUCCAAGGGCCAUUCUCAAGCUAGAGGCACGAUGUCGGAAGUACGACUCGGGUUU